AUGCCGUAUUCAGAGAGCGCGCAGGCCGCGCUGGUGCAAUGGGCAAACACAUUUCCCCUCGAUAAAAAGGCCGAUUCAAUAUCAGACUUUCUCGAUGGCCACCUCCUGUCUCAGGUCCUCCAGGACCUGGAUCCCUCUUUCGAUUCCAAUACCAGCGAGGGCGAGCUUUAUGACGUCUACAAGGGCAUCACCAGGCUAGUUUAUCGCGAGUGCCCCGGCCUCAUCCGCCAGACCAAGCUUGCCGACAUUCGCCCCAGGGCAAGAGAAGCGCAGCCUGAAGCCAUCAGCAAGCUUCUCGCCGUGCUGUUCGCCAUCGCGAUGCUUGGCAGCAACAACGCACGAUACGUCACGCGCAUCACCCAGGACAUAACCGAUAAGACGAACCUAAUGCAGUUGCAACGGGUUACGCAAGAGAUGAAGGUGGCAAUUGACGAGGCCGAGGCUCAGGACUUGGAGGAGGCUUCGGAGCCCGGCCAUGAAAGCCAUGACGCAGACCUCGCCAUGGAAGCCGAUAACAUCCGCCUCCGCUCCGACCUUGACAAGAAGGGAAAGCUUUUGGCAGACAUGGAAACGCGUUUGGGUCACCUGCAGGAGAGCUACGACGACUUGAAAGAGGAGGUUGUACGGAAGGGCAGGGAGCUGGAGGCGUUCCACAGUGCCCAAGAUGGUGCGGGAAAGGAGGUCAUCAGGUCGCUGGAGCUCAAGCUGCGCGAGCAGGAUGAGCUCAUUGCAAACCAGGAGGCCCAGGCCGAAGACGAUCGUAUCACCAAGGAGCGGCUGACGAGCGAGGUCUCGGCGCUCAAGGCAAAGACCCAGAAACUUGAGACCCUGGACGACGAGGUGAAGGAGCUGCGGUUCAAGAACGAAGAACUUUCUCGCAAAGCCAACAUGGUGGAGCGGUACAAGCAGAAGCUGGAGGCGCAGUCCACUUUAUCCAAAGAGAUGGACAACCUGCUGUAUGAGAAGGAGCAGAUGCAGCGGGACCUCAUUGAAUACGAGAAGGUCUUGAAAAGGAACCAGGCACUGGAGCAGACUAACGAGCAGUAUGCCUCAAAGCUUCGGGAUUAUGAGCUGCAGUACGUUGAGCUCGACGCCCAGCGGAGGGCCCUUCACGACGACACCCAACAAUUGAGAGCUCGUCUGGCAACUCUCGACGCUCAGCGUCUCUCUGACGAACGACUGAUUGCCGAUUUACAGGAGCAAAUCAACUCGGGAUCCCAAGCGGCCUUGUCACCCGACGCCGGGACUGCAGGUUUCAGCCUUGAGGAGGAGCUCGAGGGUGCUGGGGGCAGCACUGCUCCUAACCCUGCCCUCGAGAUAUCGCGCCUCAAGGCCGAGAACAACUUACUCCGUAGUGGCAUGGGCUCCGCUUCGGAGAACGCACGGUUACGACAAGAGCUCGAGGAGGAGCGCAAACAACGGGAGCGUAUCCAGAAAACCUACAACGAGACUUUCGAGAAGCAACAGCUUGCGGAGGCUCAGGUUAGCGCUCUCAUUGAGAGUAGCGGGGAAAAGUUAGUUGAGCUUGUCGACGAAGCAAUCCGGCGAGGCUUAAAUAGAGUGCUAACGCAAGACUACUACUACAGCGAAGUACUUGGCAAUCUGAGGGUCCAAAUUGACCAGAAGACACUUGAACUUGAAAGAGAAAGGAGACGACUGAAUGAGGUUCAAGCGCAACUGGCUGACAAGGAUCGCGAGCUCCUCAGCGCAAGGACAGAUCUCUCCGCCGUUGCAAAGGAUAGUGUCGAAGCUCUCGAGGAGCUCAAGUCUACUGAUCAGCUUAUCUCAGGGUCCAUCCGGGAGGAACUCGAUGCGGCACGCCAACAGCUCAAAAACCUUGGCACUGACCUUGAAGAGCAGCGCAGCUCGCUCAUUAACGCCCUGCUCGAGAAGGAUAAGCUUCGCAAGGACCUGGACGAGGCCAGGGAGGCACGACAAGACGGCACCGAGCCCGCCGAGCUUGUCCAGAAGCUCCAGGACAAGAUUGAGAAACUUCGCGUCAGGCUCAAGGAGCGCACUUCGCAAUUGGAGAAGUCAGAACAAGACAAAUACGAGUUCCAGCGGAAGCUCAAGGCCGCUGAGGGCGGAGAGGCCGCGGCGGCGCAAAAGGCCGCGAGCGACCAGAUCAUCAAGAAUCUCCAGCGCGAGAACGCUCUUAUCGCCACGGCGUGGUAUGAUCUUACUAGCCGUAUCCAGAGCAACCAUGUUGUGCUACAGAGGCGGAGUGAGAUGCCCAAGAGUUGGUUGGGAAAACAGAGACAGAUGGUCAACGGCCUUGGAAGACUAAUGGGUGGAAAUUGUAGCUACUCCCAGGAGAUGAAAUAA